UGCAGAAACAGAAACAUGACUGCAGACAGCGACUACAGCAGAUACGAUCUGGCUCGUCUGCAGGCAGAACUGGAGCAAGAGAGGGAGAUGAAAGAAAUGCUGCAGGAGUCAGUGUGUGACCUGAGGAGCACCAUGUGUGAGCUGCAGGAGAGGCUGCACGGUGUGGAUGGGCAAGGAAACGAGUGGAAGACGAGGUAUGAGACCCAGAUUGAGCUGAACGGACAGCUGGAGAGACAGAUGUCCCUCAUUCAUGAGAGACUAGAAGACCUGAGAGGAAACCCCAUGGAUCGAUUGGCCUCGAUCAGAACUUAUGAUGACAUGCCUGUUGAAACACUGAGGCAGCGUCUGAAGCUCCUGACUGGAGAAAAGUCUGAGCUCCAGAGUCAGCUGAUGGACUGUCAGAGCGCCAUGGAACAGGAGGGGAAGGCAUUUCAUAAAACCAAUGAUGAGAGGCGGGCAUACCUUUCAGAGAUUGCUAAGCUGUCCUCCACGCUGGAAGCCCAAAGACGACAGCACUCGAUGCAGCCACAGGGGGCAGCAGGGAGCAAACAGAGGAGAGGGAGGCAGACCAGCAGGAAGGCAGAGGCUGAUUCUAAGAAAGAGAGAGAAGAAGAUGGAGGAGGAGUGCGUGUGAAAGGAGGAGGAGGAGGAGGAGGAGGAGGAGGAGGAGGAGGAGGAGGAGGAGGAGGAGGAGGAGCAGCAGAGAGAAGAGAAGAUAAGAAAUCCCAAAGGGGAAGCAGGUUACCCACCCUCAAGUACUACCUGAAACAUAAUCCCUGACCUAAACCUGGUGUUAAGCCUUUAAAAGAGGUAAUAUCUCCUCUGGGGAGGCUGAAUUAUGAAGCAGAACAUUUCCAUUUUCUUGUGUUUUUAUAUGCUUCCUACAGCUUUGUUCACAUUUUUAUAAUUUGGGAGGAAACAAU